UAUGAACCUGCCAGCACAGUGGGAAACAGAUGGGAGAAAUCUGCGGCAGUGGGAGGCAGGUGAGGAAGAGGAACGUGACGGAGGAAGCACGGGAGAUGCUAGUGGCUUGUGCAGGUGAAGCUGCCUGCCAGGAAAACCUGUCCAGUGAGACUGCUGCGGAAGAGCCAGGGAGCCGCGGCUGCACUCCUACCCUGGCAUCAGCAGAGACACGUGCCCGCUAAAGCUGCGGAGAUGGAGGCCAGAGGCCUGAGGAUGCCCUUGCUGCUCUUGCUGGUGGCCGUAGUUGUAAUGGCCAAGGUGAAUCACAUCCAAAGGUGGGGAGGCUUCAAGGAGAAGGCCUCAAGCAAGAAGAACAUAAACUCCACACUCCAUUUCUUCAUCCAGUCCUACAACAAUGCGAGCAAUGACACCUACUUGUUUCGCGUCCAGAAGCUCAUCCAAAGCCAGAUGCAGCUGAGCACAGGAGUGGAGUAUUUAGUCACCGUGAAGAUUGGCAGGACCAAAUGCAAGAAAAGCGAGGCAAGCAAUGCUUCCUGUCCUCUGCAAAGCAGCAAGCUGAAAAAGAGCCUGAUUUGCACAUCACUGAUCUACACCGUGCCCUGGGUGAACUACUACCAGCUCUGGAACAAUUCCUGCCAGGAUAGCAAAGUGCACAUAUAAAGAGCCCUGGUGGCACUGAGA